GCGUUGGCUUCCGUUAUUGUUCACAAUUGUAGCGGAGCCGACGGGUAACAUAGUAGCCGUGAACGCCCCCUCCGGCUUUCUGCCUCCCUCGGAGCGACGCCUUCCAGCCCCGUUGAGUUCACCGGCGGCGGCGGCGGCGGCGGCGGGAGCAGCAGCAUGCCGAUCAACAGAUCUGAAAAGCCGGACAAACCUGAUAAUUUGGAUAAUGUCAAAGUUGUGGUUCGUUGCCGGCCGCUCAAUGAGCGGGAGAAGACCAUGUGCUAUAAAAUGGCUGUCAAUGUUGAUGAAAUGAGAGGCACUAUUACUGUGCAUAAAACAGAUUCUUCCAAUGAACCUCCCAAGACAUUUACUUUUGAUACUGUAUUUGGGCCAGAGAGCAAGCAACUCGACGUCUAUAACCUGACUGCAAGGCCAAUUAUCGACUCUGUGCUGGAAGGUUACAAUGGUACCAUUUUUGCUUAUGGACAGACUGGAACAGGAAAGACUUUUACUAUGGAGGGUGUCCGGGCUGUACCAGAACUCAGGGGAAUCAUUCCCAAUUCCUUUGCUCAUGUAUUUGGACACAUUGCAAAAGCUGAAGGAGAUACGAGGUUUUUGGUUCGAGUUUCUUACUUGGAAAUCUACAAUGAGGAAGUUCGUGACCUCUUGGGAAAGGACCAGACACAGAGGCUGGAGGUUAAAGAACGACCUGAUGUAGGAGUCUAUAUCAAAGAUCUUUCAGCCUACGUUGUAAACAAUGCAGAUGACAUGGAUAGAAUUAUGACUCUUGGCCAUAAAAACCGUUCUGUUGGUGCCACUAAUAUGAAUGAGCACAGUUCCCGCUCCCAUGCUAUCUUCACAAUCACAAUUGAGUGCAGUGAAAAGGGUGUGGAUGGGAACAUACAUGUGCGUAUGGGCAAGCUACAUCUAGUAGAUCUUGCGGGUUCAGAAAGGCAGGCAAAAACUGGAGCUACUGGGCAACGACUGAAAGAAGCAACAAAAAUCAACCUUUCUCUCUCCACCCUUGGGAAUGUCAUCUCGGCGCUGGUGGAUGGAAAGAGCACUCAUGUGCCUUACCGUAAUUCUAAACUGACCCGGCUACUCCAGGAUUCUCUUGGCGGCAACUCCAAAACUAUGAUGUGUGCAAACAUUGGCCCAGCAGACUACAAUUAUGAUGAGACCAUCAGCACUCUGCGAUAUGCUAAUCGUGCUAAAAAUAUCAAGAAUAAGGCUAGAAUUAAUGAAGAUCCAAAGGAUGCCUUACUUCGCCAAUUUCAAAAAGAAAUAGAAGAACUUAAGAAAAAGUUGGAGGAAGGGGAAGAAAUCUCUGGCUCUGAGACCAGUGGCUCUGAAGAGGAGGAAGAGGAUGAGGAUGGGGAAAUUGGUGAAGAUGGAGAAAAACGAAAGAAACGAAGAGGCAGUAGCAGCAGCAGUAGUUCAGACUCUCCAUGCUCUGUCAUAGAAAAACCUCUGGAUAAAACCUUCACUAAUCAAGCAGGAAAAAAGAAAGUUUCUCCUGACAAGAUGUUGGAGAUGCAGGCCAAAAUUGAUGAAGAAAGGAAAGCACUUGAAACAAAGCUCGAUAUGGAAGAGGAAGAAAGGAACAAAGCUCGGGCAGAACUUGAGAAAAGGGAGAAAGAUUUGCUUAAAGCACAGCAAGAACAUCAAUCACUAUUAGAGAAGUUGUCAGCUUUGGGGAAAAAAGUGAUUGUGGGAGGUGUGGAUUUGUUGGCUAAAGCUGAGGAGCAAGAUAAACUUCUGGAAGAAUCUAACAUGGAGUUGGAGGAACGAAGGAAAAGAGCAGAGCAACUCCGAAAAGAGCUGGAGGAGAAAGAGCAAGAGCGUUUGGACAUUGAAGAAAAAUAUACCAGCCUGCAAGAGGAAGCUCAGGGGAAGACUAAGAAGCUGAAAAAAGUGUGGACGAUGCUCAUGGCAGCCAAGUCAGAG